AUGGCUAGUCAGAGUGUAGAAGAGAAUUGUGGAAUCAAUGUGAGCCCAGUUGUUAAUCAAGAGCCUGAAAGUGAGGCUCUUGAUAGAUAUAAUUCUUCACAUGAUUCAGAAGUAGAUUCAAAAGAGGGUCUGGUGAGACAAGAUGAUCAAGAUGUCAUACAAGAUCAAGCCUAUGUAGAGAUCCCACUACCUGAAGACCAAAGCCAACCUAUAGCCAGUGAGGAAGAUAACACCAACCUUUUCAGUCUGCCCUUCCCCAUGAAGCUUUGGUCCAUUGUGCAGAAUGAGGCAUUCAAGUCAGUGAAGUGGACUAAGGAAGGAGACACCAUAAUGAUUGAGGUAGACCUUUUCCAGAAAGAGGUCCUUCAUCUAAAGGGGGCAAAGAAGAUUUUUGAAACAGACAGUUUGAAGAGUUUUAUUCACCAGCUCAACAUGUAUGGAUUCAGAAAGAUAUACCCUGAGACAUCUGUGGCUUUCUUUGAAGAGUACAAGAGAAUAAUGAUGUACCGUCACUUCAACUUUCAGAGAGAUAAGCCUGGACUUGUUGAGUAUAUCUGGGGCAAAGAAGACCUAAAAAAUCUUGCCCACCAAGCUCUCUGUGUACCCAUUCCACUUAGAUCUUCUCAAGAGCCAACUUCAAAAAAGAAGAAGUCACCUACCAGAUAUUCUCCACGAUUCUAUCGCAAAUCCGAGGAAGACUGUGAAGAUGCCAAGAAGAAAAACUCCAAUGACCAGGCACACAAAGGAAAUCAAGGCUUUGUAUUCUCUGCUGUGUGGGCUAUGAAAUUUAUUCCUCCAUGUUCACUAGAAAUGCAGCUUCCGGGGGAGUCAAGUAACCCAAUUGCAGAUGAUACCUCAGGCACUAUUAUAUGUGGGCCCCCAACUGCUCCUGGAAUUCAAGGCACAGAAGAAAAUCCAAGUGCUAGUUCAUCAGAUCAACUCAUUUUAAGUUCUAUGAUGUCUCUGUACAACAGUUCUUGUUCUGCCCUAUUGUCUACCCUCUUAGGAAGGCCAACAAACGAAUCUCCCGAUGAAGAGCAGGAGGGCUCCUCAGAUUACAAGUGUGUAAUCUGUGAGCCCAUAAAGAAUAGUCCUCGCUUAUGA